AUGAGAGACGGCAGGACGGCUCCGGUAGGCUCACAGCAGGUGCCGGUAGGCUAGAGCUGCACCUCGCAGAGAGCAGGCUGCAUCGGUGGACCAUGUUCAGUGCAAUCGAGCAAGUCGCUGGUGAGACGGUUGUGUUGAUCUUGAAUCACACUGAAUGGGGACUGUUCGAGUUUCUUUAAGAUGACACGAACACAUCCCCCUGAUAUAUUGGUAUCCACUUUAUAUCAGGACAAUACUCUAAAUCCCAUCACUGGGCACUCCAUUUCUCUUAACUCAACCCAGCAAUGUGACUUGCAAAUGAUUGACAAACCAGAAAUCAUCAACAAAAGGCACUGCCGUAGCUUUGACUUCAUUGAGUCACUGGACGACCCACAGUCCUUCUCUUCCUCAAUGGAGUACCCUUACAAGAGGACUGAGUAUCAGACAUUAAGCAAAGAUGCAAUGUGGAAUGAGUUGGAUCAACCGGGGCAUCUUCGUUUUUCAUCUCCUGAUCUUUUUAACACUAGACAGUUCCAACAGCACACCAGCCAAGACAAAACCAGCCAUCUGACAUGGUCUGAUUCUAAAAAGAGAACAAGAUCUAAGAGUGCUCCCAGAGUCAAGUCCUCCCUCACUCCUGUGCCAAUCUCAGUUUCCCCUCCAGGAGCCAGGAAGGCGAAGGACACACCUCAGGCUACGUCAGACACUCUGAGGACUUCUGAAACACACCGAGACUCCUAUUCCUCCAAUAGGGCUUAUUUGAAUGAGGUUCAUCCUAUCAAGCUGCAGCCUCACUCUCCCCUCUAUGUCUCAGACUGUUUUGAGGAGGACAAACAAGAUAAACCAGCCAUAACCCCUCAUGUUAGAUGUCGUGUGGAUAUUAAACCAGAUGCUGCUGUACUACAGCAUACAACCAGGCCGGUCUCCAAUGUACGGACUGAGAAUCCUUGGCAGAGAUACUCCCAGUCCAGUAGCAGUAGAGGGUUGUAUGUACCACGGCAGAUUGUCUCCUCGCCAACGCCCACUCCAAGCGAAUGCUACAGUGGAGAUUUUAGACAAGGAUACCAUUAUACUACCAGCAUGUCUCCCAUCUCCUACCAGCAUCUAGACAUGCACAGAAUGGCGUCCCCAACAGUACCAUAUCUGACUAGAGAGCAAAGGGCGUACUCAAACCCUAACAUACCCACUAAGUUUUUCUAUACUGAGGACCCUGUUAGAUAUCCAGUUCAUCCCUACUCAAGAACAUACUUUCAGGAUGACCAGUCCAGUCUAACCAGCCAUGGUAGCACUCUGACUAGUCAGUAUGAUCCAAGGACUCGCUGGGUGCACACCCUCCCUGUCAGGUCUUAUUUCACAGACCAUGUAUCAAACCGAGAGCCAAUGCAGACUGUCUACAGCAGACCUUACUCCACAAGCGAGGCAGGGUCAUACUUUUCUCAAACUCCAUUAUCAAGACCCUACUAUGGAGAGGACCACCGGGCCAAUCCAUAUUAUAUGAAUAGCUCCAGGGUGUUUUACUCCAAGUCGUUCAGCUCCCCUGCAGAGCAAUACAUUCCAUCAAGGACGUAUUACACAGAGGGCCGUCGGCGCCCUCAUAUGUCCCAGGCUUUUACAGAUGACUGGUACCGCUCAAGUAUAUCUGGUUACUCUAACCAGUCUUCUGUGCACACACCUCCAAGGACAAGACAAGACCCCAGUAUGUCUGCCUGGUUUGCUAACAGCAAUGUGGAGACAAGUAGGCUAGGAUCAGAGGUCAAAAACCACUCCAAAUCUUGGGACAAUAUUUUAUAUCCACGACAUGACAGAGAGCAAUCAGUGCCUCGUGGGCGCAGCUAUGAGAACCUGUUUUACCAGGGAAGGCAUACAACAUCCUCUGAUGUUGCAGCUCAGCCUGUCAUACUCAACCUCUCUAGUUCACCAAGGCGCUAUGCUGCCCUGUCCGUCUCUGAGAGCUCCUUAGAAAGGAGUCCGAGUAAUCCUUGGAGGACGACUAAGAGUGGGCUGUGGUUUGUAACUCCUGAGAUUACCAUAACAGACAACGACAUACGUGCAAGUAACAACAAACAGCGUGAAAUGCACUCAGUCAGCUGGGACACUUUAGACAGUGACAAGCCACCAUCCCCCAGAGAAAUGCAUCAAAAGCAGCCAUCUGACACAGUAGAAAUGACCAAAGACAGGAAACACAAUAACUUCUCCCUGCAACAGAGCCUUGAACAACUAGAUGAGUUAUUGGCUGACCUUGUUGUUGAUUACAAACCUCCAACUAGCAGGAAAUCAAGUGAAGGCCUUUUGGAUCAAUUAAAACAAUUGAUUAGUGAAGAUGAUAAAAAGGAAAUAGAAUCCCCUGGACUGGAAAAUUCAGGAUGUCUGAACACACAACUCCCAUCUACCAAAUCCAGCCCUGACACGGUUAAAGACCCUGAUAGUGGCUGUGAUGGUUUACAGAGGAGUGCUGAAGAAUGCUCUCCAGACCACAGCACAGAUGAAGAUGACACUAUGGUUUGUGCUAACAAGAAGUGCAACCGCAUAGAGACACUGUUCAAUGCUUGCCUGUACUUCAAAUCAUGCCACAGCUGCUACACCUUUUACUGCUCCCGAAACUGUCGCAGGGAUGACUGGGAAAACCAUAAAGAGAACUGCCUGUACGGCCGCGUUAGCAGCGUGUGCCGACACACGCUUAAGUUCUGCAGAGAGAAUUCAGAGAUCCAUAAAGCCUUCUCUCGUAUUGCUAAAGCUGGCUACCUCUCCAGAGGGAGAGGUGUUCUUUUCCUGGGUUUUGCUAAUCCUGGCACAGCUGACAACUUCCUGCAGGUUGGGCUUGAGAGCCUCCUCAUGUCUCCCACAUACUUGUCUCUCAGAGAGCUGGAUGGCUUCAAGGAUAACCUAGGUGACUACUGCAAGGAACUGCAGCAGGCAGGUAAUGAAUAUGACCCCAAUGAAUGUUUCCUCCUGAAUGUAUCCAUAGCUGUUGGUGAACUAGUGCCUAACAGACCCUCACCAAGAGUUCAAGCACCAACAGUUAGAAAAUAUGCAAAGGUGUCCUUGGCCUCUUCCAGCCCCGACAAAAAGGUAUUCAGGAAGGAUAAUGAAAUGGAAACUCUCAUCCUCACUCCACCUCCAGGCACACCGGACAUUGACAAGGAGGGGGAGGAGGGUAGAAAAGCUAGAGAGGUGUGCUUUGUCAAUAUCCAGCGUGAGCUCAGGACCAGGGGAGUCUUCCUUCGUCAUGAGUACCCCAAAAUCUAUAAUCAGUUAUGUGAGUUUGUGGAGAGCAACAAGAGGUUCACCCCUACUACUAUUUACCCAAUAGAUAAGAGAACAGGGAAACAGUUUAUGUGUAUGAUAAUGGCUGCAUCUGAGCCGAGAACACUGGACUGGGUGGGAACCCCUCACCUCUUGGAUGAUAUUAUAUAGUCUAGCACUAUAUCAGCAAUGAUAAUGAUGUCAGCUACACUACAUGUACAUACUGUAAAUACAGUGAUUUGGCAAAUUGAUAAACUGGGAGUAUGGGAAGUUUAAAAAUUUGGAUAACUUUAAUGAGUUCAAUCUAUUUCUCCCUCUGUCUCUCUCACCCUCUGUCACACACACACACACACACACACACACACACACAUGCACGCACAGACUUGAACCUUACCCUUUGUUGUUUUUGGCUUGUUUUGAUCCUGUUGCACUCAGAAGAGUUAUUAGCCUGCAUGUAGAUUAGGCACAAACCCAUUUAUCCAGGUGUUUAAGAUAUGAAAAUGUAUGAUCUGUGCAGUUUCUGCAGAAAACAUAUAAAGCACACUCUAUUUAUGAGAAACACAUCUCAUCGUCUCCACAGAUAGGAGGCACCGCCACAUCUUAUAUUGUAACGGUUACUUUCUGUUGUUUUUGCCACCAAAUAUUAUAUCAAGAACUUAUAUUGUACCUUGUUACAGUUGUAAUAUUACUACUGUUUAGUAGUACUUUAGUAUUAUUUCUAAAGUAUAGUUGUGUGGGUGAUUAUUUAUCUUAAUGCUAUAUUAGUUAUUGUUUGGUAGACAAAAAGGAAUACAAUCAAGCCACCUUUUACUUUCCCCCUUGAGCGUUUCAGUUGCAACUUGUUUCAUCAUGUUAUCAGAUUUGAUGUCAUUCUUGUGUAACUUGCUUUGUUUGAAAGUGGCCUUCAGUAAAAAAGAAAAAAAUGCAUUUGACACAAAGCAAUGUAUAAAUUUAGCUAUUUCUUAAGGCUUGACCACUCUUGACUUAGAUUCUUUUACCUAUCAUUCUAAAUGAGCAAUUAUUUUGCGUACAGCAUGUUAUUUAUAUUCAGGUAUUUUAAUAUUGAUAUUGCUUAUAAUGAAAUUAUGUUAAUAAUAUAAUACAAUUUGAUGCUUGGAAAUGUAAGAUGUAUAUUAUAUAUAUUGAAUAUUAGAUCAUUUGAACAAUAUGACCUUGAAACCUUAUUGUAACUAAUAAACUAUGUUCGAAAACAAUAUGCAAUAAAAACAUGAAAAGAGCAACCUUAUCACUUAUAUUGUAAACAGCUAUUUUAUUAAUGAUAUUAAAUAAUUCCUUGGAGCCAUGAGCUGCAACAACUUUGCACUAAAAUGUGAAUCAGAGAAUACGAAUGUCCCUAAUAUAACUGCAGUACAGCACUUAAACAAGAUUGAAAUCAUGCUUCUUUCCUUCAUCAUUGUUGACUAAUCUAAGGUUGCUCUUUUACUUCAUUAUAUAUCUUUGUGCAAGACCUUGCUCAACUUUCUAUUUUGUGAUGUUUAUAACCCAAAUAUAAUAAAUGGAAUUUAAAGAGUGA